AUGAUUCAUCUAUAAGUAAAAGUUAAAGUACAUAUUUAAGCAGCAUAUAUAGCAGCAAUUGAUAAAAUACUUAAUUUAGAAACUAUCUUAUCAUAAUUAGAAGCAUAAACCUUUGAAUUUCCUUAUAUAUCUUGGAAACAAUUUAUGGAUGCAUUUGAAUAUGAUAUAAUGGUGAGUAAAUAACAAUUAUCAUUUGCUACUUUAAAGGAAUCUCAAAACUAAGAGGAUGAUUAAAAUAGGGUUGAUGCUCCUGAAGAAUUAUAAUUGUUAAUUAAAGAUUAAUUCAAUAAGAUUGUAAUGGAUGAUUAUAUUACAGCUUUUGAUCUUAUUGAAUGCAUUAGAAGAGUACCACUCUAUUCAUAAUUAAGAAAAUAAAUAAUCAGAAAGCAAUAAAAAAAAAGUGAUAUCAAAGAAGAAACCUUGGAGUAAGUAUUGAAAAAAAUUUUAAGAAACAGCAAAAGAAUAUUAGACAUUUUAAGAGUUUAUAAGUUACUUUAAAAGAGGAGGAUAACCUAAAUUCAAUGAAG